UUUUGCCCUCAUUGUAAAAUGCUGGAAUUGAAAGAGGGCACACUUUCUUUUUCACAUUUCUCUGUCAGCUGUUGUUCCAUUGACUCUGGACUGCAUUGUUUCUAAAUCUGCCCAUCAUCCAAGCACACAGGCAGAACAAUGCCACAGCAUUAUGUCACUGACUGACUGACAGAACAGAUAUGUGUGUAUGUGUCUGAUGCACUGUCACACAGGUGAAAUCCCUCUGUGUCUUUAGUUGGCUUCCUGAGCUCAUUGUCUCUCCCGUCCUCCUCUCCGUCUAGCACAGUUUGUUUUGGCAGCCCCGGGUGUCUGAUGCGAGUACCGCUGGGUCCCAGCAGGGACUGGACCUAGUGGUGCCCCCCCAUCCUCAACCCUGAUUCUGCUGACAGGGCCCAACCCACCAUGCUGAGAUAAUGCCAUUCCAGAGGGAUCGUGGCUAAAGCCUCUCUUUCUGGCUCUCAGGUAUAUAAAGAGGAGGCAGCAGUAGAGAGGGGAGCAAAGCACUCUGAAAACAUUCUUCAGUCACUGCUUUCUACCGCCACCAUUCUCCCAUUCUUACCUCAUCUCCAUUUUUCAUCUGCUGGAUUCCCCACCAAGCCAAAGUAGACCAGACUGUCUUCAGUUGCUAUGGAUAUUGCCAUCCAGCACCCCUGGUUCAGACGUGCCCUGGGCUCUGUCUACCCUGCCAGACUCUUUGACCAGUUUUUUGGAGAGGGCAUGUUUGAUUACGACCUCUUCCCUUACGCCGCCUCCACCAUCAGCCCCUAUUACAGACAGUCACUCUUCCGCAACGUUUUGGAUUUUUCCAACUCUGGGAUCUCAGAGGUGAGAUCUGACAGGGAUAAGUUCACAGUCUACUUGGAUGUCAAGCACUUCUCUCCUGAUGAGCUCAGUGUGAAAGUCACUGACGACUAUGUGGAGAUCCAGGGCAAGCAUGGAGAAAGACAGGACGACCACGGUUACAUCUCCCGUGAGUUUCACCGCCGUUACCGCCUCCCCUCUAGCGUUGACCAAUCAUCCAUCACCUGCACCUUGUCAGCUGACGGUCUGCUGACUCUGACCGGACCAAAGGUCACCGGAGGGAGCGAGUCUGGCCGCAGUGAGCGCAGUAUCCCCGUGACUCGUGAUGAUAAGCCCAACGCUGCCGCCUCCUCCUAGAGGCCAAGUGCUGGUGGUUGACCCGGGGUACUGAAGGAGCUCAGCCCCGUAAAUAACCAGCAUCAACGGGGAUGGACGACUCCGGAAUUCUUCUUUCCCCCUUACCUUAGAGGAUAUCUGUGUCUUCCCUGCUUCUCUUUCUAUAGUUACUUCUUAACUCAUUAGUAUCAUUGUUUUAAGUAUAACAAAAAUCAGCCCGCCAAGGCAGUCGAGUAAGAGGUGGCUGGAGUUUUUAAAGAGAGAAGUCAUCUGGAGACAUUCACACGGCCCAGCAUGUUUCAGAGCAGUACUCUGACGGUACGGGCUGGCUUUAAGCUUGAAACAAAAAUGUCUUGCAUGUUCUGUACCACAUAUUAAAAUCGCAGAGGAGCCCUGGUUUCUCCCAUUCUUGUUCUUCCUCUGAAGCCUCUGUCUCACAUAUAUCCUGUACUGAAGUCUAAGCUUUGUUCAGUGGAUAUCUGCUCACAAUUCAAGUCCAUACUAAAGAAGCAAUAAAGCUGUACAAUUAACAAAAUGCAACCCCUGUGUGGUUUUACUCUUUUUUCCCCUUCUUCUUAUCAGCUCAGGCUUUGUUUUGAUAAAUCAGGCAGACAAUAAACUCUUAGUGCACAGAGAGU